AGACGAGAAGCGGUACUUAAGAGAGUUUCCUGAGACCGACAAACUUGGAGUUAGAGAGUAUACACGGGUGGUGGCUUUGUCUGUGUUGCUGCUAGCUGCUGCAUUAGGUCGAUACUUAUAUCUCGUGUUAUUGGUUCUUAAUGCAUGUGUCCGACUGCCUCAAGGCGGCAGGAUUUCUUAAAUAAGCAAAUAGAACAUGUGUUAACAUAAAGGUCAGUGUACUUGGUUUAUGUUACAUGUACUGUAGUGGUAAAUGUUUAAAAAUAAUAUUAAUAUGGAUGGUAGAACUUUAAAUGUGAAUUUUAUAGUAGAUAUUUUAAGUGUUAAUAUUCGUGUUAAUGGACAUACUUUAUAAGAAGGUGAAAUAACAUUUCUUUUCUUAAUAAUAUGCAUAACUAAACAGCUGUCUUUUACAUCGUUAUGAGUGGGGGGGGGGGGGGGGGGGGGGGGGGGGGGGCGCAUGGAUGGGGUAUGGUGGGAGGUGUUAUGCCCCUUGUGGCACACAUUUGUUCUCUUAUUUGAGGGUCGGCAUUUUCGGUAAACUGCACGGAGACUGGCAAAAUUCUUGGCAUAACCCUGACUAAGCCACUGGUGAGGGAUCAGAUUAAGUAACGUUUAUCAUUUUAAAAAAUUCAAAGUUCUCGCUAGAGUAAGGUGAACGUGCUUGUUCCACUCUAAAUUCCGGGACAUUUUAAAAUUAAAAACAAGGACAUUGUAACACUGGCGUGGGAUGGGGGUGGAGGGGUGGAGCGGGUGGUCCAACCAGGGUGGCAUUUUUGUUAUAGAUAUUGAGGGGGGAAAUUUUCGGUGAACUGCAGAGUUCUGUCCAUACGGGAGGCGUCAAUAAUCUUGAACGGUUCCGGGUGGCACUAAUAACGUUACUAUGGAGAUGGUGUCGGUAGUUCGUCGAGUUUGCACUCAUAAUAUCCCCCCGGCACUCCCCCAAACGGGCCAAGGCCUCCCCCGAAGCCCCAGACCGUGCGAAAGUGCGCCGGAAACUUCCCUCACUGGCCUGACCGAGGGCGCUGCGUUUAAAGCGUACGUAGUCCGCUCUCCUAUGGGUCAGGACGGCUUUACUUCCUCUCCGGAGAGGUGGUGUUGCGUUACCACUCCCCACCGCCCAGGGAGCUGUCCGGUCGGGACGUAGUGGGGACGAAACGGUCGCCUAGGGGCCGCUUUCUCAGGGCCGCGUCUUUUUAAUCAUUGACAAGGGUUUGGGAAACCACCCAUUGCCUCAUACCCAUCAACGGCAACAAGUAAUCAUGUUAGCGCUCAACUUCCGUUGCGUUGGAAGUCAUGCUUUUUGCAUGGGAUCUUUUGGCUUCAGAAGGAAAACUCCCCCCCCCCCUUACUAGUCGGGCACUCCACGAAGAGGCAAGAUCCCGUGUAACACCACCGAGAGGCUUGUGGUGCUGGACAUCGACCUCACAGAGCUCGGCAAAUGCCCGCCCGUCCGGUGGCACUAAACCCUGCUACGCCACUGUUUUGAAAUUGUUGGCGCCAUGAGUAUCAAAAAAUGAACAAUUAUUUGUGAAGACACGGAAACCUCUUCUGACAAUGAUGCGUGCUUUUGAAAAAAAAAACCCAUAAAUAAUCAUGAUCCAAAAUUGGAUUAAUUGUAUUAUUUUAGUUAUGUCAUUUAUUUAUGCCAGAAUAUCAGAUAAUUUUUUUAUAAAUCGAGAAAAAAACAACAAAAAAAUUUUUUUUCGUAUAAAUCCGUUAUAUCCAUUUUUGUUUGCAUUUAUGUCAUUGUACGUGAUUCAUCGUUGAUUAAGAAGCGUUUACGUAAAUGGAUAAACUUCUGGCGAAAACACGUGUUAUAUUUGGUUCAUUUUCCCUUCAAAAAUACAUUUCAUUUUUACAGCUUAACCAAAUAGGUCACAAAUACAGAGCACAGAGCAACAUUUACACAACUAAUCCCCACACCAAAACACGCAUCCGUGAAAAAAAAUCUUUAACAUUCCUCCCCCUCCCCCCUCUUGAAAAACAAAGGAAAAACUGAGUUUUGGUGGUGGGGUUGGGCUAAAAAUUUGAAAGAAUAUGUUGUUAUUGACAAUUAGUUUAUUUGCAAAGAUUCGGCUCAAUAGGAUAAUGAUAAGUGGGGCAAUUAGCCAUCUCUUAAAAUACUGAGUUUUGGGAUUUUGGGGUGGGACUGAAAAUUUGAAAGAAUGUGAUUUCAUCGGCAAGGAGCUAGUUUUCCAAGUUUCAGCUCGAUAGGUUGACGGGGAGUGGGUCAAUUAGCUUUCCGAAGAUUUAGCCCCAACCCCAGAAUGAGACCCACGAACAAAAUCGAAGUUUAUAUGAAAGAUUUUAAAACAUUUUAAAUUUUAGACUACUUUUUUCAGUUUACGGACAACCUGGACAAAGGAAAAAAAGAAAUAAUAAUAAUAAUAAAUUAAUUAAUUAAAUUAAAACCUACUAAAACAAUGCCUUACUCUUACAUAUAUAUAUAUAUAUAUAUAUAUAUAUAUAUAUAUAUAUAUAUACAUAUAUAUAUAUAUAUAUAUAUAUAUAUAUGCAUAUAUAUAUAUAUAUAUAUAUAUAUAUAUAUAUAUAUAUUGCACAAUCUCAUGAAUUCUUCUCGAUCCUUCACUGGUUUAUGAUUGCAUGUCAGAGAUCUGUUAAAGUAGUAUAUUUCCUUUAACAAGCUAACAGCCUGAGAUUUCUAAUUUUAUUGUAAAAAUAUCUAUUGGUUCCUUGAGAUUCACUGUACACAGAUCUCUAUAGUUUCUAUAGAGGAUCAUCUGACACAGAGAUUAACAGAAUGGACAGAGAGAGGUCAGCCCGCCCCUCGCUUAAGCGUGAAAUGACCGAUGUAGAUGACGAUGCACUUCGCAGCAAACUUCGGUCCAACAAUUCUGGUGAGUGAACUUUCAAGCAAUCUGCAAAAUUUUAAGAAGAAAAAAAUGAUUUCGGCAUGUUGGAGGGGGGGGGAGGAACAAAGUGUGUGUGGGUGGAGGUGGGGUGGCUCCACGGGCAGCUGUUUUUUUUAAUAUAUUUAUAUUUAAGGACGCCAUUUUAGACAAUCUUAAGAUAUUUUCGUAGUGGGAGCGGCACAAAUCUUGAUCUUAGCUACGCAACUGGGCAUAUUUUGUGAGAUAGGCCUAAACCUAAGUUUAGUGUGAUAUGAAAAAUAAGAUUGUAUUGUGGGGCAUUUCUUCUGUGGGUUAUUGAAUCGUGGCAGCAAUUGAGGGUUGCAGACGACUACAUAUAUUUCCAUUUAGUGGCGUAGCCAGGCUUUGACUCUUGGGGCCAAAAUUUACAUUAAAAAAAAAAACGCGCACAUACCAAAAUAAUAAGAUAAACAAAAAAACUAUUUUUAUUUUCUUCUACUUAUGGUCAACGAGAAACAAAAGCCUUGCUCAUUGACAUUCAGCUACCCUUACCUGUAGGAGAUAACACAAAUAUAGUUUAUGUUUAUCUGUUAACAAAUAGUCAUUAAAAAAAUUCUUUGUUUAAACUACUUCAUUGAUAAAUUAUUAUCUUUUUAAUCAGUCAUAUAAAAAGAUUGUCUUGUCAUUUGCUUAAAGUCAUCUUAACAUAAGGGACAGAUGCACCAUACUAGCGGGGACGCCACUAUGGAGUGUGAUGGUAUUUAAUGCACCAAAAUAAUGGUUUUCCUAGUUGAAAAAAAGGGGGGGGGGGGCGCGUGAAAAUGAAUCAAUUUUUCAUGACGCCAAACACUCUAGCUACGCCGCAGCACGUGAGGCGGGUUGGUGGUCAGCCCAGAGGUCACUUUUUCUUUAUUUUGAGGGACAGGAUUUUAUGAGAAAAGCAGAGUUUGUAUCGUUAAUUGGAGCCUGCCAUAAGUCAUGUCAAGACUAAGGUAUCAUUAACACUAGUUACUUUACUAGGUUGUGUAUGUAUCAGCCCUAACACUAGCUACUCCACUAGGUUGUGUAUGUAUCAGCCCUAACACUAGCUACUCCACUAGGUUGUGUAUGUAUCAGCCCUAACACUAGCUACUCCACUAGGUUGUGUAUGUAUCAGCCCUAACACUAGCUACUCCACUAACAAUAACAUUUUUGUUUUCUUGUGUUAUUCAGGAAACUUUGUUACAAACGUAGCAUGUUUAAAGAAAACACACAUUUUUUUAAUAUAAUAAUUAAUAAAAGUUGCACUAUUUGUGUGUGCCGGUUAAUUCUUCAAAAUAUUUUUUUUUUUAAUUUUUUUUUUUAAGUUUCCUUUUUAUCUAACUCAACAUUCAUGGAAUCGAGUACAUUUAUAAUUAUGCAAAUCAAAAUAUUUCUUUAAGCCUAAUAUAAUCAUACAGUUUAUAAUUAACACACAUCCCUACUUAAAAGUAAUGCUUUUAUAAUGAAAUAUAAUUUGAACAUAGAUUGCUUAUGUUUUACAGUGGGCACGAAUUUUAGUCCUUGAUCUUGAUGUAAAGGUAUUUUAAUACAGUGUUAUUUAAGUGUUUAAAUUUACGAAUUAGCAAAAAAUAAAUAAAAUAUAAUAAUAAUAACAAAUAAAUAAAAAGAUCAAUACGUGCGAACAAUGGGAAGUAAGGCUUCGGCUUAUAAGCAGAAGCAGGCAGACGAUAUUAAUAGUCGAUACUGUAGGCAUUCAUUAAUUAGCCUUUAUUAUACGGAUCAUCAAAUAUAUCGAGCGUAUCAAUAUUUAAUAGAUUCCACUAAUUGUAAUCAGAUAAGUUAUUAUUAUUUUUAAAACUGUUUAAAAAUGACAAUUUAAUCUUUUUUAAUUUAAAAAAUACAUAAUCAGUUUAUUGUUUUACCCAUUUUGCUCCGGGGGGCACUUAAAUUUCCCCGGAGAGAUGCCUGAAAGAAACCCUGAUCAAGGGUAUUUUGCUUGAGUAAGAUCGGGAUACUAGAUUUAAAUUUAAAGCAAAUUUCUGUUAUUUUAAACUAUACAUAUUUCGGAAUCUGUUAAUCAAGGUUCCGCCCAAACUAUGGCUGAUAAGUAUAACGUGAUAAAAAAGACUGGUAAACUUAACACUUUUUGGUUUUUCAUUUGAGAAUUUGGUUAAAAUUUGACAAUAAGCGUUCUUUCUAGAAAUCACUCAGCUUGCGUUAUUAAAAAACGAAUAGCCCUUAAUACAUACUCAACUAGAUUAUUCAACUCACUAGAUUGUCCGGAUCACCAGCUUUACGGUUGCCAACACUCUAACUUCGAUAUUGCUUGCUGUCAAGAGCCAGAACAAAAAACAAAUAUUUUAACUACUUUUCGUUAAAUUAUUACUUUCUAUUUGACGGCUAUCAUCUUUAAAAAAAAUUAAGUAAAAAAGACAUAAUAUUAAAACUCUUGAGUAUUUUAAUGAAAGGCAUCAUAAAAGUGCGAGACACCACCCACGAUAUUGAACACCCCACAAAGAUGCCCGAAUACCGCCCGAGGAGGCCAGACACGAGGACCCACAUCAUCUCCCUCAGGACACCCAACAAUGUCGCCACUGACCGAGCGCAAUCUCCCGAUAGGAUUUCUACUCACUCCAACGAUGACGUCAAAUCGAUCGAUUAUCAUUCUAAUUCACCGGAACACGACACCAAGUCCCAAGACGGUGACACGAAAUCUAUUGACUAUCAGACAAAGACACCGGAAGUUCAGCGGAGAUCACCAGAAUGGCGCAAACGGUCACCCCCUGUAGAUGACUUGGACAGGCAGGACACUUUCAAAUCCAAGUCAGACUUUCCUGUGCCGAGGAGAUCAAAGUCUCCCAAUCCAGCCGUACACAAAGAGGAUCUUUCAGCGUUCGACACAACUUUCGGGCCUUACUCUUACAUGAAAAGCUCUGGGUAAGUGUUUUUUUGUUUUUUGUUGUUUUAAAAUAAUUUUGACCACUUAGCUAUAUCGUAAUUGAAUUUAGAAAAAAAAAUGAAAGAGAGAGGGAGGGAGGGAGAGGGGAGGGAGUGGAGAGGAAAGGGGGUUGGGGAGAGAGCGGGAGAGGGAAAGUGGGUGAGAGGGAUAGAGUGGGAGAAAGAGAUAGAAAGAAAGAGAGAGGGAGUGAGAGGGAUGGAGAGAAGGAGAAAAAGAGAGGGAGAAAAAGUGGGAGGGAGAAAAAGAUGGAAGCGGGAAGAUGGAGGGAGAGAGAAAAACGGGAAGAAAUAAAGAGAGAAAUGGAAAGAGAAGUGGAGAGGGAGAGAGAGAGAGUCUAGGACUAGAAUUAAACCAUUCGGAACGUUUGGAAGCGAUAUUUUAUAUAUUUUCAAACAGUAGAAGUUUAGUUAUUUAUUUAAUGUUUAUCGCAUACAUUAAAUAACUGUCUCUGCAUUCCUAAGUUCUAACGAUAUCCCAGACACCAAGAACUCCCUACCACACACGGAGGACAUAACUCGUACACUGACAAGGGGUGAUAUUGAUACAGAUAAUUUCAAGACCGAAGGAACUAAAGAUAAGGAUUAUGGUACAGCUUUAUUUCUUGCUUUCUUAACUCUUUAUAUUUUCUUGUUGUUGUUUCAACGCAAGUAUAAUACAAAAAACUUUUAUAAUUUAACGCACUUAAAUAUUUAUCUCAGUUUUCUUUUCUAAAUGUCAACAUUUGAACGGAUGCUUUUUUACAUGAGAUUAUUUCUCAAAUAGCGUAAGUCAAGUUAAUUUUUUUUAAAAAUAUGUUGAUUUAUAAAAAAGAAGAGAAAAAGGAUUUUUAAAAAGGUCCAAAAUGGCAAUUUGAAAGAAACAAGAACAAGUCAACUAAAAACAAACAAACCCAACUCAACCAGAAAUAAACACACCCCACUCAACCAGAAACAAACACACCCCACUCAACCAGAAACAAACACACCCCACUCAACCAGAAACAAACACACCCCACUCAACCAGAAAUAAACACACCCCACUCAACCAGAAAAAUAAACACACCCCACUCAACCAGAAACAAACACACCCCACUCAACCAGAAACAAACACACCCCACUCAACCAGAAACAAACACACCCCACUCAACCAGAAAUAAACACACCCCACUCAACCAGAAACAAAUAGACCUCACUCAAACAGAAACAAACAAGCCUAAUUCAACCAGAAACAAACAAACGUUACUCAACCAGAAACAAACAAACCACACUGAAUUCGAAUGAAAUAAAAGACAAUAUGAGGGGGAGUGGUUUGUAUUUAGUGUAUGUUGUUAGACUUUUAUAAGACCCUAUUUCUCUAGUCUCCCAAAGUCUCAAAUUUUUCUUAUGUGGUCAAGUUGAUGUACCAUGUUUCGCCUAUCCUGUAUUCAGUUGGCGGCUUGUGUGCAGCACUGUGGAAAUGCAGAACCCACAUUUUUCUCUCAAAAUUGAUUAAUAAAACACUGUGUAAUUAUUUUUCUUUCUUUAUUUAUUACUCGAACAUAACAUUAGUGGCCAGUGAAAUAAAAUCUUUUUUUUAAAAAUCUGCAUCCCAUACAAAUGCUUCUUUAACAAUUUAAUAUUGUCUCUGUUUAGGCCAAGGAGAGGGUGGAUUGACCAGAACAGAUCUCGACACAAGACAUACAGAAAUAUCAAGAAAAGACUCCAAGAAAUCAGAAAAGACAAAGUACAUUGAUUCCACCAAAGAGACCCACCGGGAAAAGAAUGAAUUGGAAAAGUAUGAUUAUCAAAACCGUGACGUUGAUUCUCACGCUCGUAGAAAUGAUGGCCAAUCUAAAAGUCCAGAUUCCCAUGCGAGAGUUGAAAGAUUUGGCAGUGCCAGCACAGAAGUGAAACACGAGACUGAGUCAGAAGAUAAAUAUAAAUCGUUUUCAAGAUCUGAAUCACGUGACAAAAUCGGUUCCAACUGGUGGGAUGACACCAAUGAGGAUCGGCGUGAUUCCUCAAAAACGAACGAAUCCAAAACACGGAAUUCCAUCACUGGAUCUGAAUCUGUUCUCCGGGAUGUCUCGAAAAGCAAGAACGGUAACUCUCAUUCUAGACUCAACAACCUUAGCAGACGUCAAAUGUCCACUGUUCACAGACGCGCGACGAGCCUAGGGAAACACAAGUCUAGCACGCGGAUGUCUCGUUCGAAAACCAUCCGCCGCCAUCUGUCCAGGGCCAGCAUGACAUACUAUCACGGAGACAUCGUGGACGACAAUCUUCUCAUCUCUGCCACCAAACUGGACAGUACGCUGCUGAGGCUCUUUUCCCACGCCAGGGACGCGAAGAAAUCCAAGGAUGUACAGGAGCCUGAAGACAAGCUGAUGCCUUAUCUGAACUACACAGAGUCAGACCUCAUCAGCAUGGAGCCGGUGCUGUGGCGUGUAUUUCCUAUGGACUCCGCUCACAAGGAGACACUUGAGAUGGAGAUGCCAUACAUCGAGAACAACAUUGAGCCCCGAGAUGUCAUCAGAACGUUGUACCAAGGGGAAAUAAUAACCCACAUGGAUUACAACCAGUUUGCGAGGUAAAUUGUGGGGGGCAGAAAAAAAGCCCAAAUGCAGUGGACAAUUCAAAUAACAAUUUAUUUAUUUAUCUGUAUGAGUUUAUAACUGAUUAAAUCCUUAAAUAAAUGCUCUUAAUUGCUCAAAGAAACACAUUCCACUUGACUCCACCACUAGUAGUAAUUAAGUAGAAAUUAAAGGCUAAAGAAGGAACAUGAAGCCUUGAAACCCGUUAGAGACACCAAUGAAUGAGAAGGCUUACUAUUAAAGGAUUCAUUUCAUAAUAAAAUGAACUAAAACACAGGUUCCCAACCUUUUUUUAAAAAAAAUAUCUUUACCCCAUUUUAUAGAAAAAGCGUGACCAGUUACCUCCUUUUUAUAGAAACAAAGCGAACCAUGACCAUUAUAAAUAAAAAAUAAUAAUAUUAAUUAUGAUAUUAAAAGAGGAUCAGCGAGAAUCAAUAUUUGAAACAGAAGUAUCAUUAAAUUAUUUAAACUUUACUCAGAAACCGAUUACAGAGGAAACUGCUUUAAAUAUAAAAAUAAUUAAAAUUUACCAUUUAAGACAACAACCCCGCAGAAUACAUUCCGUUGCCUCAUUUGGGAUCGGAACCCAUGGUUUAGGAAGCAGCGAACUUAAAUACAUUUUGUUCACAAUGAUUUCUUAUUUGAGUAUAUAUCUAACUUUCUAUUCAAAUUGUUUAUAAACUUUUACACAUUAUUACUUCAAAACAUUUAGAACCGAAGGUCAAGGUGAAAGAGCCGUUACGAGGCUCUUGGUAAAGACACUUCAGAGGCGCGGUGACAAGGCGUAUCCGGCAUUCCUGGGCGCGCUUAAGACACAUGACUACAUGGAGGUGCACGACAAACUCGUGGAGACGGAAUCUAAAAUCAGCCAGGGAAUGAUGGCUGAUGGUCGGGCAAUGAGCAGGGGAUGGGAGCUGGUAGGUCAGAGAAUACGGUCUCUAAGUUUAAAAACGGGGGUUGGUGUGUCUGUGCGUGUGUGUAAGCCAAGCUCAAAUUUAAAUCAUUUUUUUUAAAAAUAUUUUAAUGGAGGAUCAAUUACAUUCAAAAACUCAAUUGUUAAAAAUUAGGAUAUAUUUUCAGAAUAACAGAAAAGCUACGCCCCUGGGCAAGAGGAUAGUAACUCCGGUAAUAGUUCUGCAUACUUCUAGAACGAAUAACAAUAACGAGGAGGAGCCGAACCCCCUGUCGCAUUUUGAGAACCUCGUUAAACUCCGCAGUCAAACCCAGGAGCAGGACCCCUCGGGUGCUGACGUCAUGGACCCCAAGGACCUCGAGCAGCACCUGCGUGAACUGAGCAAAGAGCUGCAGGCCUUGCAAGAUGACGUCACGGCUCUGAAGAGCAGCAGGUCUCCAAGUGUCAACACAGGUUUAGUUGUCCUAUUUUCUUAUCUAUACCAUACACAACUUAAGAGGUUUAAAGAACAGGGAAACGAAAAGAAAAGUUGGGGGGGNUUAUUGUAGUUAAACUGUCACUUAAAAUAUUGUAGUUAAACUCUAACUUGAAAUAUGGUAGAUAAACUCUCAUUUGAAAUAUUGUAAUUAAACUCUCAUUUGAAAUAUUGUAUAUAAAAUCUCACUUAAAAUAUUGUAGGUAAACUCUCAUAUGAAAUAAUUGUCAUUAAACUCUCACUUAAAAUAUGGUAGUUACUUUCACUUGAAAUAUGGAAGUUAAACUCUCACUCUCACUUGAAAUAUUGUAGUUAAACUCUCAUUUGAAAUAUUGUUUAUUUAUCACAAAUAAACGUGUCAACUCAUCGUUCAAUUGACAAAGAAAUUGAUUUUAAAAGAGAUGUGAAAAGAUAAAUGACGUCACAUUAUUUAAACUCUUCUUCUGUUUUUUUUUUAAUUCAGCAUUUCAUUAUGUGGAUUAAAGAUAGAUAAACAAUUCUAUACAGCAUUUAGCAAGUGUUUAUUUUAAUACUUUAAUAUAAGAUGUAAUGAUUCAUUUCAGUAUUUGUUUUUUACCCUUUCCAAAACUAAACGCUAAAUGCCUCCUCAUAUAUGCCUCGUCAUAUUAACGUCAUUAAACAUCAUAAAAAGCUAAGAUAUUAUAGACUAGAAUAAAUGACCCAAUGUUUUCGAGAUAAUAUUGAUAGGUCCUUUGCAAUAACUUCUACCUUCAAUUGCAAAAGCUCAUCACAAUUCCUAACGUUAAAAAGAAGUAUCUAUGUAAUGAUAUUUACGUUUCUAACAUCAUUAAGUUUUGAGAAGUAUUUAUCUGCUAUAUAUUAUACGCUUAACCUACUCUCUUCCACGCCCCUAAACUACUUUCCCCCCUCUAAACAUGACCUUAAAUUACACAGUCUAAAUUAUUACUAAUUAUAUCCCUUUUUUCACUAAAGACGUUAAUUGAGGGACGAUUUCUACGAUAGAGAAAUACUUUAGAUUUACACCCUUUCAUCCCCUUGAGCUAUAACUUUUUUCUUUAAAAAUUGUGAAAACAUAAUAUUAAAUUUAAAACAAAAACUCUAUUUGUGAUAUAAGUAUAUUUUAUAUCAAAGGAAUUUGAUAUAGAUUAUUAAUAUCAUCAUCAAAAAUUUAAACAAAUGUUUUCCCUUUUUUUAAAAAAAAUAUACAUAAAUCUCUCAACCGUUGUUCACGUCUAUAACAGAAUUUGUGUCUUUUUUAAAAAUUGUUAAAAACAAAAAUAUAUUAUCAUUAAAAAAAAUAUUAACCGAUCUCCAUUGUUCAAAAUCAAAAUUUAAAGUGUCUAAAAUGAUUUGGUUUUGAUAUUCAUGGGUAUAUUUAUAUAAAUGUUAUAAUUAUAUUUAUUAAUUUUACUUUUAAGAAGGGGGAAAUACAUUAUCAGUUUUGUAACGCGCGGUUCUUAAAUCAAAGAAACUUAAGAAUUUGGGCUAAAUUGGCAAUUCACGCUAUGACGUCAUUUGCGUGAUUAUUUAGAACAAAUUAAUUUUAAUUUUAUUUCGCAUUACUAACACGUAUUAAAAACAAUUGAUGUUUGGGUUUACCCUAUAAAUGUGAAUACGGUGAAAUUCUUUGAUCAUAUUUUUUUAUAUUUCUUCAUAACUUUCAAACGCAUAUAAAAUGCUUAAAAUAGUUCCUUAGUUGAUACUUUAAAUGAAUCUGUAAUUUAUGAUAAUAAUGCUUAAACUUUUGCAAAAAUGAAAAAGGGUAUGUAAUAUUUUUUUGCUCAUUUAAAUGUAUUCGAUUUCCGUAAAAUAAUAGAAAAUCACUAUAAUUGUUUUUAAGAAUCCGAACGUACUGAAAUCUAUUCGGUUCUUAGGCGUUACUGUCAGCAUAGCUCAUUCUUAUAUAUAUAUAGAUUAUAUAUAUAUAUAUAUAUAUAUUACAUAUAUAUAUAUACACACACACACACAUAUAUAUAUAUAUAUAUAUAAUAUAUAUAUAUAUAUAUAUAUAUAUUACAUAUAUAUAUAUACACACACACACACAUAUAUAUAUAUAUAUAUACAUACAUACAUAUAUAUAUAUAUAUAUAUAUAUAUAUAUAUAUAUAUAUAGAUAUAUAUAUAUAUAUAGAUAUAUUAUAUAUAUAUAGUUAUUUAUGGAGUGGAGGUGUACGUUAUCUUAUGAAUAUGAAAGUGAAUUGCAUGCAUUUAUUUCCCCUUUCAUCGUUGGGUCACUCUUCUUCAUCUCAAGUCAAUAGUUUUUACAUCUCUUAACAAUAGUUUUUUCCAUUGUCCAAAAUGUCUGAUGUGCAUCCUGCACAAUUUCGUAACUAACUAUGGUAAACAUAAGUUUAGCAUCUGGUAUGUAUAUAAGUUCUCUAAUUGUAAUCUACUUUCAGCUAAGUCAGCUGACAUAUCCCGUAACGUCACCAGGGCACCAAGUCCAAGUCCAGAUAGGGGGGACAUCCAAGUCGACCCAAGGGCGAAAUCUCAGAAAAGUAGUUCCUGUGUAGUUUUGUAAUGUCGCUCAUGAAGGAAUUACGUGAAGUGAAACCAUGAUGGAGGGAAGAGAUGGAGAUAAUUGACAGAUAGAGAGAUGGAGAGAGAUGGAGAGAGAGAAAGAGAGAGAGAAGUAGAAAAUUAUAUAAAUAGGAAUCAACAUUAUAAAAAUAUAAUGUUAUGAAAAUAAAUAGAAGAAAUGAAAAACAAAAUUAUCCAAGGGCUAGUGAGGGCUUGUGAGCGCCCUAUUAGAAAUUAGAAUAACAUUUUGUGCGAAACUAGUUAAUAAAAAUUAAUGUGAUUUGUGACCUCAAAAACGAACGAAUCUAAACACGGCAUCCUUUGUGAAUUGAAUCGCCGAAAAGUUUCUAUGCAUGAUGGUACUGAUAGUUCAUAAAAUGCGAUCCCAUACGAUGAGACGGGUUUCACAGCAUUCUACUUCUACACGAUACAUGCUGAAGCUAUGCUGUCGCUGUAGUGUGCAUAAAGUAGGUGGUUUGGGACGAUUGGGGAGGUGGGGGCAGACGGCGCGAUGAACCCUUACAGGGAUCCAUUAUUCGGGCAGCAUUCAAUCAAAAAGUGAAAUAAAAAUUAAAUUUAAAUUAU